AUGUCCAUCCCCCCCUCGAUAUCCCACAUCCUCAAAGCCGGUCCCAUCCACUUCGGACCCUUUCUCGUCACCACCCAGGUCUUCCACCUAACACCCCACACCUACGCCCUGGUAAACCUCAAACCCAUCCUCCCAGGGCACGUCCUAAUCUCCCCCCGCCGAGUGGUCCCCCGAGUAACCGACCUCACCCCCACCGAAACCUCCGACCUGUUCCUCACGGUCCGACGCGUGGCGCGCAUGAUCGAGCGGGUGUAUGGCGCCUCGAGUCUGAAUAUUGCGAUCCAGGAUGGGGUGGAUGCGGGACAGAGUGUGCCGCAUGUGCAUGCGCAUGUGAUUCCCAGACGGAGGGGGGAUUUGGAUGCUAGGGGGGGUGUGGAUGCCGUUUAUGAGUUGUUGGAUGGGGAGGAGGGGGAUUUGAGGGGGGGUUUGGGGGCGGGUGGGGAUGGGAAUGGGGGGAGGGGGAGGAGGUUUCCGAAGGUGGAUGAUGAGGGGAGGGUGGCGAGGGGGAUGGAGGAGAUGGAGGGGGAGGCGUGGAUGUUGGCGAGGGAGAUGGAGAGGGAGGUGGAGGUUGGUGAGUAG